AUGAACUGUGCGACGCAGUUCGUACUGCCUCGCAAUAGUGCCGCCAUCAUUAAGAUCGCAUCAACUGCCUCGCUCGCCGUUCCAUGUCGAGCUAUGCACGGCAAACCAGCGUCAGGGCACAAGGUGCGCACGCAGCACAGUCGUCGCUGGUGGAUGCAGUCCAAGGCGCACCACCUCACCGCCAUCCCGCAUGAAGAGGCCAGGUCACGCCCGCACUUCCCCGCCUACACCGAGGAUGUUGACCAGCCAAUGGUGGUGCCCGACGGCGCAUGUUGUUUCAACUGCAAAAAGCCGAUCGAUGGGGACGACAUCAACAGCUACGUGUGGGUUCCGUCCGGCAAUGCGCGGGUGCCGACUACACAGGGGUACUUUUUCCAUGUGAAGUGCUUCAAGUGCUGGAGCUGCAAGUACCGCAUCAUACACAACCAGUUCUACUCGAAGGACGGGCGCGCGUGGUGUCUGUCGUGCGCACUCGGGCGCGAUAUCCGGGUGCCGACGCGGCGCUGGCACACCUCGUAUGUCAACACGCACCGCACCGGCUCUCGCCUGACAGGCCAGUUCUUCCCUCGCCAUCGCCAUCAGAUGGAGUUCCUCUUUAACCCAAACGAGUAG